AUGGGUCCAAAAAAACAAAAUAAAGGGAAAAAAGGUCCCUCUACUAACAAUGGUUCAAAGGUUGAAGAAGAUAUUGAUGCUUUACUUGCUCAGGUAAAUCUUGAAGACAAAAAAAAUCAAAAAAAAGUAGAUACUGUUAAAGAAGCUGGUAAUAGUUACUUGGAUGAAAUAAAUAAGUUAGAUCCUAUUGAUAUACAAUUUGCUGGAAAAGAAUAUCCUGUUGGUGAGAUUUGUGAAUAUUUACCAGGAAAAGAUGAAUCAAAUACUUUAAAUAGAAUGACUAGUGAAGAAAAAAGAGCUCUUGAUAAUGAUUAUUCUGAAAUGCAUAAAAACUUUAGAAGAGCUGCUGAAAGUCAUAGGCAGACUAGGAAGUAUGUUAAAAGUUGGAUUAAACCUGGAAUGAAAAUGCAAGACAUUUGUGAAAGACUUGAAGCUCAUUCUCGUAGAAUGAUUAAUGAAAAAGGAUUAGAGGCUGGUUUAGCAUUUCCAACAGGUUGUUCUUUGAAUGAUUGUGCUGCUCAUUAUACACCAAAUGGAGGUGAUCCUACUGUUUUACAAUAUGGUGAUGUUUGUAAAAUUGACUAUGGUGUUCAUGUUGAUGGAAGAAUUAUUGACUGUGCAUUUACUGUUCAUUUUGAUCCUAAAUUUGAUGUAUUAGUUGAAGCAGUUAAGGAAGCAACUAAUGCUGGUAUCAAAGAAGCUGGAAUAGAUGUUAGACUUUGUGAUAUUGGAAAAACUAUUGAAGAAGUAAUGAGUUCUCAUGAAGUUGAACUCGAUGGAAAAACUCAUGUUGUUAAACCCAUUCGUAAUCUCUGUGGACACAGUAUUGGACAAUACAGAAUUCAUGCGGGAAAUUCAGUUCCUAUAGUUAAAGGAGGGCCACAAACAAAAAUGCUUGAAAAUGAAGUAUAUGCUAUUGAAACAUUUGGUAGUAUAAAUGGUAAAGGAAUGAUUCAUGAAGAUAUGGAAUGUAGUCAUUAUAUGAAGAAUUUUGAUCUUGCUCAACAACAUAUUCCAUUGAAAUUAGCUAAAAGUAAAGAAUUAUUAAAUGUAAUUAAUAAAAACUUUGGUACCUUAGCCUUUUGUCGUCGUUGGUUGGAUCGAGUUGGUCAAACUAGAUAUCUUAUGGGACUUAAAGAACUAUGUGAUAAAGGAAUUGUUGACCCUUAUCCACCACUUUGUGAUGUCAGAGGAUCUUUUACUGCCCAAUGGGAACAUACUUUACUUUUAAGACCAACAUGCAAGGAAGUAGUUAGCAGAGGAGAAGAUUAUUAA